AUGACUGAAGCUGAAGAAGCUCCCCAAGAACGUCAGGAAGAUUUCAAUCAAGCUUUCCAAGAACAUCUGAAUACUCUCGAUCAACGCAAUAGAAGACGAACGGGAUUAUGUGGGAGUUUGUGUAUCAUGUGUUCUUCUAUAAUAUUGGUAAUUGUUCUUCUGGGAGGCUCUGGUGUACUAUUAUCUCAGCUCAUCUGA